UUUAGCCAGCCAAAGUUGUCAAUGUAUUGGCAAAAGUAGAAGCAGCAGCGCAGCCCCAGUGCCAGAUACUCAGCGUCGACAUAGACGUAUUGCAAAUCGAUAAGCCAGCCGGCCCCCAAGAAACACCCACGCGGGCACACAGACGGACACAGAAUGGGCCAAACACUGUCCGAGCCGGUAACUGCCAAGGAGUCGUCGUACUGCCAGAACUCUGUGUUCCGUGUCGGCUCAAGCUGCAUGCAGGGAUGGCGCAUCAACAUGGAGGACUCGCACACACACAUUCUCUCGCUGCCGGAUGAUCCGGGCGCGGCCUUCUUUGCCGUAUACGAUGGCCACGGCGGUGCCACGGUUGCCCAAUAUGCGGGCAAGCAUCUGCACAAGUUCGUGUUGAAGCGACCCGAGUACAAUGACAACGACAUCGAGCGGGCGCUACAGCAGGGCUUUCUGGACAUUGACUACGAAAUGCUGCACAAUGAGUCAUGGGGCGAUCAGAUGGCCGGCUCCACGGCUGUGGUCGUUCUUGUGAAGGACAGCAAAUUGUAUUGCGCCAAUGCCGGGGAUUCGCGGGCGAUCGCCUGCGUGAACGGCCAGCUGGAGAUACUCUCCAUGGACCACAAGCCCAACAACGAGGGGGAGUCGAAGCGCAUCAUCGAGGGCGGCGGUUGGGUCGAGUUCAACCGUGUUAAUGGCAAUCUUGCACUUUCCCGGGCACUCGGCGACUUUGUCUUCAAGCGUGCGAACAAAAAGCCGGAAGAUCAGAUCGUCACAGCCUACCCGGACGUGGAGACACGGAAAAUCAUGGAAGAUUGGGAAUUUAUCGUACUGGCCUGCGAUGGCAUUUGGGAUGUGAUGAGCAAUGCGGAAGUGCUUGAGUUCUGCCGCACACGCAUCGGCAUGGGCAUGUACCCGGAGGAGAUAUGCGAGGAACUUAUGAACCAUUGCCUGGCCCCCGACUGCCAAAUGGGCGGACUCGGUGGGGACAACAUGACCGUCGUCCUAGUCUGCCUGCUGCACGAUAAACCCUACAGCGAUUUAAUAGCCCGCUGUCGAAAUAGCAAUAAAACGGCCUUCGAACAAGAAGCCGGCACGGCAACAAAGACCACACAGUCCAACGAUAACAUGGCCGAGACACAGACCUCGAGCCCCACAACCAGUCCCAAUUCCAGCCUGAUCACGCCCAGUGAGGCGACCAACAAUUCCGAGGAGCAGAAGAAGCUGGAGAAAGAGGCACAAGAUCCGCUGCUGGCAGCAUCCGAGAUGCAGUUAAACUAUAUCUACUAGUGCGCCUUAUAAUUAAUUAGGGUAUCCUCGAAAUGCCGCUUAGGUCAACUCUUUAUACUUACAAGUGUUCUUGGUUAAGUUUUUAUAGACUCAGAGACACA